AUGGAUCGCCUCUCAACUGAGCUCCUCUCCAUGAUCGCAGCGGAAGCUGCUGCGUCUGGACCGCCGCAAAUUGACAUCAGCACAGUCUUCGAUGCCUGGGACUCUGAUGACAAGUUGAAAGCCCCUCAGACGUUAUCACGACACAAUUCCCUUGCUCCAUACGCCGCCGUUUCACGUAAUUGGCAGCUCGCCUUUGAGCCGUUCACUUUCCAUACCCUUGUCAUCUCGCCCAAGAGGCUGAUUGAGGCGGCACAGCACGGCUACCUCACUGAACGGCGCCUGGGGUAUGUUCGCUUCAUCGCUGUUGUCAUCACCUUUCCCCUCCCGCGGCCUUGGGACACUCCCAUUGUUUUCCCUCCUGGGCUAGAUGUUAGAGGGGACUUUUUGAGAGCCAGAGAUGAUACAGGCUAUGUCUCAUCCGAUGAUGAGCUUGAAGAAGAUGAGGAUGAUACUAGCGCGGUCGACUUUCCCCACCCAAGAGAUAGAGGCUACGACAGGGUAUUCGCCAAGAUCAUGAGAAUUCUCUUCAACGCCCUCAAAUUGGCUCCAGUCCAUGAGAAUCACCAGUCAUACAUCGAUAUACGGUUCGGCUUCCCAACCCCUCGGGAAUACGGUCUGAGCCGCAUUUCCAGCCCUGAAGAGAUGGAAGCAAAUACCCUAGAGGGCCCUUGGCUUACAACCAUCUAUUUCGGUAUGAAGCACGACGGCAAGGAGCUCCCAGAAUUGCCGUCCAUAGCUUCAUGCAGUUUCGAGCUCGUCUCGUGGAGUUUGUGCUUCGAACCUCAUACGGCAUGCAUCCUCGCAAGCAAGAUGCCACGUUUGAAGAAGCUCAAACUUCAUCUCAGUGAUAGAGAGUUGAAAGAUCCAGAUCUCAGAAAUGAGCUUAGAAAGAAACUCGCAAGUUCGUUGUCAAUCCUGCCACAGGGCAUCUACGACUUCGAUUUUCAUUAUUUACGACGUAUACCGCGGGAUCACUCACACAUACCCGCGAGUAUACUAGAUCCAGAAGAAAACUACGAUCACCUUAGCCAAGCGCUCUUUAACUUCUCGCAGCGAGAGAACAUAACACGAUUCUCGGCAGAGGGAAGUUUCGAACUGACCAUAUUGGGCCCAUCGGAAGAAGCUCUGUCUGGUAGUACCGGCUGGUCCAAACUCGAAAACUACGCGAUCGGUUUUCUUGCCAUCACCCCCGCUGGAAAGUGGCUCGCGGUGCCCUAUACGGAAAAUCCGAACACUGACAUCUUCAAAACUAAACGAUGGGGCCCACCGAGUGGGCGGACGCGAGGUUACUACUCAAAUUUCAAUGUCAAUGAGUAUAGAGGUCCAAUUGACCCAGACUAUGCACACGGACUACUCUGUGCAGCCGGACAGGCAGCUUCUCACAUGCCCGGAUUGCAACGAAUGGUCAUCAAUGUCGGAGUGAUCGGGAGCUACAGGGUCUCUUACAACAGCGCCAAAGUUGAGCCAUGUAUGAGAAUCGUCGGGAAGAACCUGCAGCCGCCUGAAGAAGACAUGCUUCGAAUCUGGCGUCGCGUAGCGCAUGAGCAUGAUCACAAGCUUGUCCUUCGCUGGAAGGACACAGCCAGGAUUAAAACGAGAAUGGAAGAUUUUGAAUGA